CAAAAAAGUUGUAUUUCCACUAUCGUCAUUCGCUCCUUUCAAUGCAAAUAAAAACAAAAAUCUGAAAUACCGCGUUUAUCGUCGAUGAGAGAGCAUCUUCCUACCACGUUCGAAGAAUCAUUAUUUUCCGAAUCCUGUUUCCGUUUAUAAAACCUUAGAGAGCUUCUUCGAAUAGUCAUUGUUUAAAUAGCCAAGUUUGCAAACAGAAGGGGUUGCGUGAUAUAAAAAUAAUAAUUGUUAUUAAUUAGUAAUAGUUUUAGUGCUUUCUACUGUUUAAGUGAGUGAUAACUUGACAACUUAACUGCAACGAUGAGUAUACAAAGAAGCACAGGAAAAGGGAUGUUUAAUGUAUGGUUAGAGCAUGAAGCUGGCCGAGGAACACAGGAAGUCGGGUCUUGUCUCCAAAAAGGCCUCUUGUGCCUGCUGUUGACGAUAUGUUUCUCACAAACAUUUUCCCACGGUGUGUCAUCAUUAUCAGAUAAAUUUAAAAUAUUGUUCCAAUUUAAACAACUGGACUUCGAGUAUCCAACUGCUGCGGCAAGAAAGUCAGAUAUAGAUGCAGGUCUCUUUAUUCCAGGAAAACCAGCUCCGAUUGAUACCGAUGUCUAUUACCCAGGGGGAGGAAGGGCGCCCAUGGUAUUCGUUACGAUGCCAAGGUUCCAAGAUGGUAUUCCUGCAACGUUGGGCACCAUCGAAAUCGAUAAAAGUGGAAAUUCACUUAUUAGACCUUACCCUGCUUGGGGUUGGCAAAGAAACCCAAAAUUGUGCAACCGAUUAAGAAUUACGUCUGUAUACAGAGUGAUGGUCGACGAAUGUCAUAGACUUUGGGUAUUAGACAGUGGACAACUUGGAGAUACUGUUGGAUGUCCUCCCCAACUUUUGGCUUUUGAUUUAAGAACACAUCAACUUCUUAGUAAAUAUGAAAUACCAAAGGACCAAUGGAACAUAAACUCAACCUUUGUAACACCUGUCGUUGAUAUUAUAAGCAAACAAGAUAAUUGCAAAGAGACAUACGUCUAUAUGGCUGACUGUAUCGGGCACUCCAUCGUAGUAUAUGACCAUCGCUACCGGAAAUCGUGGAUAGUCGAAGAUGAAACUAUGAAACCUGAUCCAAAAUUUGAAAAGUAUACGAUUGACGGUACAUCAUUUGAAUUACAGGAUGGGGUAUUAGGAAUGGCACUUUCUCCAUUUAUUCCUGGAGAAGGCAGACGACUUUAUUAUCACUCAUUGAGUAGUGAUACAGAACAUUAUGUUAAAACUUCUGAUCUGAAAAAUCGGUAUUUAUGGGAACUCAGAAAACCUUUCCCAACUCUUUUUAAGACUUAUGCUGGAACAAGGAAAACACAAAGUGCUGCAGAAGCAAUUGACAGGAACGGAGUACAGUAUUUUGGUUUAAUGAAAGAUAUUGAAGUUGCCUGCUUUGUCACUAGAGGAGAGUACGGCAUACCGGGCAACUAUUCAGAUAUCGUAGCGAACAAUCAAAAAACGUUGCAAUUUGUUAGUGGUAUAAAGGCGAUCAAGAACCCUGCUGGAGGAGAAGACAUAUAUAUGGUAACAUCCAGAUUCCAGAGAGUAGCAACGGGUACCUUAAACUCAGCGGAAAUUAAUUUUAGAAUCCAAAAAGCUUCUACUUAUGAGCUGACAGCUCAUACAAAAUGCGAUCCACGUUACUCUCCACCCAUUCCACCAAGAACCACGGGAGCACCCAACGUCAGUCCAGGACCAGUCAUCUUUCCUCAAGAUAGAUAGAAAAUGUACAUCAAUAAACCAAAAAUUUUUAUUAAUGACCAGUGAAUUAAUUUAUUUCUGUUUUAUUUAUUGAUUACAAAGUUCAAAUUUUUAUCAAAAUUUAUCUAAUAAGAGAUCGUUGAUUGUUUAUUUCAAAUAGCACCUAUUUGUAAAACAAGGAUAUAAAAUUACCCACAAUAUUUAAAUUUCUACAGAAUAAGCUUAUUAAAAUUGUUAAAAUAAAAUAAUUUUUCUGCAUAAAGGAAUCAGAGACAAAACAGUAUGUCAGUGAUUAAUUAUCUUAUUACAUGUUGAUAAGAAACCGUGUUACUAAUUGAGCUGAGUUUGUUCUUAUAAUUGCCUCUUUUAUUCAUUAUCCAUCGCUUGGGAUAUGUUUUAAAUUUUGAAGUUGCUUCUGUGUUACGUUUCAUAUUGUGACCAACAUCAUCUUCAAUCCGUACGCGUCCACUGCUGAAGAUAUGUCUCCCUCAUCUCUUUCCAUCUGCGUCUGUUUUGUGGGGAUUUCAUCCAUUUGUCCUGCCCAAUUCCACUGUAGCGACGCGAUUCUUUCGACAGCGUCUGUUGUUUUUGUUCUAAGAUAUAUUUCUUCAUUUGGCAUUCGGUCUCUCAGGAGACACAAAACAUCUGGCGCUCCAUAGCCCGCUGAGUCACGCAAAUCUUGUUCAGUACCUUUUUUUGUGAUUGUUAAGGUAGUUCAGUUUACCAAACGCUGUCCAGGCUAAAUAAUCCAAUUUCAUGUCCUCUAAAUUUUGAAGUUACUUCUGUGUUAUGUUUCAUAUUAUGAUCAUCAUCAUCAUCAAUCCGAACGCGUCCACUGCUGAACAUAGGUCCCCUCAGCUCUUUCCAUCUGCCUCUGUUUUGUGCGGCUUGUAUCCAUUUGUCCUGCCCAAUUCCACUGUAGCUACGCAAUUUUUUCGACAGCGUCUGUUGUUUUUGUUUUAAGAUAUAUUUCUUCAUUUGGGAUUCGGUCUCUCAGGAGACACAAAACAUCUGGCGCUCCAUAGCCAUCUGAGUCACGCAAAUCUUGUUCACUUCCUUUUUUGUGAGUGUUCACUACCUUUUUUGUGAGUGUUAAGAUAGUUCAGUUUACGAAACCCUGUCCAGGCUAAAUAAUCUAAUUUCAUGUCCCAGGUACUUAUAAGAUGCAGUCUGAUCAAUAUCCAUGUUUCUUAAUCCGACCGCUAAGGAAGUGUGAUAUAAUUUAUUCAACAUUACUAUGUAUUUCAUCAUCAAUAGAUCGGUUAUAAGGACGAUGUCAUCGGCGAAACUCAAAUGACUGAGCUUCUCUCCAUUUAUGUUGAUACCAUAUUCGUUCAGAUCUGCCUUCUUAGUAGUUAUGAUAUAUUAUAUUAUUUUCGUUUUUCCUUCAUGUCUUAGAUUCGUUUUUAGUUCUCCAUUCCGGAAUAAUCUUUUACACAUUUUGUAGCGUAGCAUUUUGACUUUCAACUUUAUUUAAUGGUGUUUUUUCGUUUCUUUUUACGUAUCUCUUUAUGUAUGUAUGUUAACAAUAUUUUAAAUCAUACAUAAUGUAAGUAUACUGAGGUUCACAUUCAGAUGGCAGCGUUACAGAGAUAGGCCUGUGCUUUCAAUAUGGCAGAAAUAACUAUGUACAAUGUUGUAAAAGUUUUUAAUUGUACGUUAUGAGCCGGCCCUUAUAAAAUAAUUUUAAUUUGGGAAAUAUUUCUGAAUGUAAAAUGGAAAAAUACUACACUUUCGUGAACCUUUUUUGAGUUUGGCCCUGCUUAUUUUAAAAAAGUAGCAAAAUUUACAAUUUUACAACAUUUACAACAAUUUUAGAAUUGGCAACACUGUUAUCCUAUUUAAGUACAGUGCCAUCUGAAGGUGACUUCCACUAUAAAAGUUUGAUAACCACCAAGAUUGCAAAAUAUUUUUGAUGUAUUAUACACAUUUUUCGUGAUUUUUUUAUUCGUCAGUAGUAUGAGUAACAGAAUUUUGUCUAUUUUUUUAUUUUAGUCGAUUUUAUAUGUACAUACUGAUCUAUUACUAUAUUUUGCUUCAUUUUUUGUUUAGUUUUAGUCCCAUUACGAGAAUAUUAACUCUCCGUCUUUUGUUUGAAAUACAGAUUCUUCCAGGAAAUUGGUUUUCAUGGAAGACUAUAUUUUUUUCUUGUUUUGUCCUUAUAUUCUUUAGUACGAAUUUUAUUUAAAUAAUAAAAUAAUGUUAUGUUAAUGUGAGAUCUAUAAUUAAAGGUACAUUUAUAAAUAACUGUUCCUUUAAUAUUAGAUAUUACAUGGAUUUAAUUAGAUAACAAUUUUAAUUAUUUGUUGGCUUAUUCUGUAAGAAUUUGAAUAUCUUACACCUCUAAAGCAAUAAUAAAAUGUUUAAAAAUGUAUUCAAUCAAAGUAACUAAUUUAAAAAUAGGUAUCCUAAAAUAUUACUGUCGGGAUAUAACUUGUGCAUUUUCUACUAUUUAUAGGUAUUUUUAUGUUUACUGAAAUAAAUUCGUGUUUAAAAAAAAAUAAUCAGUUUUUAAGCUGCUGAUAAGGAUACUAGUUAAUAUUUAUAAUAAUUUUUGUCAUCGACCGAUAAUAUUCUGAGACGAUUUAAGAAUAUGAAAAAGAAGAAAAACAUGUAUAUUGGCUCUUAGCGUACCGCUAUUGUAGGUGUACCUUAUUAGAUUUAUUUAUAUCUAUUUAUUUAUUGAAUAAUGCUAUUUUACCAAAAAUGUGCAGUUAAUUGUCAUAAAAUUUGUAAUGUUGCCCAAAUUAUUAUUAAGAUUAAUGUUUAAAAAAUAAUGUGAUAAUUGGGAUUAAAUUUUCUAUUUUAUGACUUUUUAACUGUUAAAAUAAUUGGUUGUUAAAAUAAAAAAUUGUAAAUUAAUUAUAAGUAAAUGUGUCUAUUAAA